UCUCUUUUUACGAGGCAUGUGUCACAUGACGCUCUGGACUCCCUUGCGUACGAGAUGCUCCAUCUCAGGAAAAUACCCAGAAUGAAUAUCUCAGUGGCUCGGCGGUAGAGUGAGCGGCUCCCAGUGGAAAAGUCGCGAGUUCACAUCCUGGGGUAGAUCAAAUUUGUACCGCUUUGUGGGGAAGUCAACAGGGGUUGUCCUGUGAAUAGACUCGCCCCCACCAUGAUAAUGUGGAAUUUCCCCUACUGCCUCAAGGCUCAUUUGGCCAGGAAAUGUCUUUGCCAUUUGACUUUGGGUUACAUACCGUGAUAACCUUAACAGCCUAAGACAACCGAGCUAAGUGUGAUGCACAACACUUACACACGUGUUCAUUCAAACGUAUACUUGUGUAUACACGUGCAUUAACACCACGCAUUUGUAUGUGUGUAUAACAACAACAAUACUACUACUACGCGUGUCAGUGCACGUGUAUUAGUGCAUGCGUGUGCUUUAAACAUCACUUGCCGAUAUGCAGCCACGUGUCGGCGUUGGCACACUUUGCCUUGCGGGGUUGGUUGGCUAAACAGCGCGAACCUUCGUGAUGUGUCUGUGUGUGUGUGCCCACCGGAGCCUCUGGGCAUUAAGUGGUGGUGGGCGGGUGAUGUGUGUGUGUGUGGGGGGUGUCGCUCGCGGCGUGCGUGCGGGUCUCUGGUAUUGGAUUACAGCGGAGACAGGGGCGGUAUGGUUACGAGAGAGCGAGGAGGGAUGCUUUUAUAGUGCAACACAGCCAGUUCGCGUGGAACAGUCGCGAUCAGUCGGCCAAGGCCACCACCGGCUCGGCAGCCGACAGUUCCGUGAGCAGCGUCCCGUUGGCAGGGUCCCGGCCGCUGCAAGGUUUGCGUUUGAGCGCUCGGGACGUCUGGCGUUACGCUGCACACGCUGGGAGCUUCUGAAGGCGCUGGACUGACACUGUGCUGGAAAACACGAGGGACAACACGGCAACACGUGGGACAGAGCCGCGGAGCACAACCGCGGAAGCGUUGCGCGGUAUUAGUUUCUUCCUCAAAGCGGAGUGGCUGGAUGAAGCAUCGCCUGCGUAGGUAUCGAACCCUCGACGCUCGGGCGGCAGUUGGGAGCUCCCACAUUUUUCUGGGGACCACAACCAUACAACUGGAGAGGAGACUACAUGUUGCGGGCCGCUCGGUUUGGCGGGCUGGAGGGCGCGCGUCUCCUGCAGCCGGCGGAUACUGAGCUCGCACCAGCGGCAGCGUGCUCUCCCAUCGCGUCACACCAGCCGGCGGAUACUGAGCUCGCACCAGCGGCAGCGUGCUCUCCCAUCGCGUCACACCAGCCGGCGGCUUGACGCCACGGUCCCUUGAUGCUGCGACGCACCAUGGUGAAAAGGAAUCUCUGCGAGAUCGCGAAGCUAUGGCGCCAGAUCAUGAAGGUUAUAAUUCUUGUGGCAGUUUUGCUCUCCUUCCUGAUAUACGCGGUGCAUCACACCGACGACCACUCGGACAGGUUGAAGGACAUGUGGCUCAUGGAGCCCUCCCUGAGCACCUCCAAGCUGGUCCAGUGGCAGAUCAGUGCCGCCGAGUGGCAGGCCGCCGACAAGGAGCUCUACAACAUCCGGUGCAGCGAGAUCCUCCAGCAGGAUCCGCGGGAAAUUGGGAAAACCCUGAAGAUCCGGAGGAAGACGAUAGUCGACCUGACCGACGAAGACAUGUUGCUCCUGACCGAAGACUGCCCGGUGUUUUUGGAGACGAGGAAGUACUUCUCGAAGCACGUGUCCGCGGAGGAGAGAGACUUCCCCAUCGCGUAUUCGAUCGUCGUGCACAAAAACGCCGCGACGCUCGAGCGCCUGCUGCGUGCGAUUUUCGUGCCGCAGAACGUCUACUGCGUACACGUCGACACCAAGUCGUCCACAACGUUCAAGUCUGCCGUGCAGAGUCUUGCGAAGUGUUUCGACAACGUAUUUGUAGCGUCCAAGCUGGAGGAGGUGCACUACGCGCAUAUUUCGCGCUUGCAGGCCGACAUCAAUUGCCUCGCCGACCUGCUGAAAUCGCCCGUGCGUUGGAAAUACGCGAUUAAUCUGUGCGGGCAGGACUUUCCGUUGCGGUCCAACCGAGAGCUCGUGAGCGAGUUGAAGAGCCUGCAAGGCAGGAGCAUGCUGGAGACCGGCAAGCCGUCGGCGUACAAGCAGCAGAGGUUCACGCACAAGUUUGUCCUCGAGAGGAGGGAUUCCUCCCUCCCGGCGCUGCAGCACACCCAGACGGCGCUGGCGCCGGCGCCGCACGGCCUCGAGGUGUUCGUCGGCAGCGCCUACUUCGUGCUGAGCCGGGAGUUCGUCCGCUUCGCGAUAACGAGCGCCGUGGCGGCGGACUUCCUGCGCUGGUGCGCCGACACCUACUCGCCCGACGAGCACUUCUGGGCCACCCUGGCGCGCUCGCCGCAGGCCCCCGGCGGCGGCGGCGGCGGCAAAGCCGACGUGUCGGACCUGCAGAGCAAGACGCGGCUCGUCAAGUGGAGCUACCUCGAGGGGCGGCUGUACCCGGUGUGCUCCGGGCGGCACGUGCGCAGCGUGUGCAUCUACGGCGCGGCUGAGCUGGGCUGGCUGCUGCGGGACGGCCACUGGUUCGCGAACAAGUUCGACCCGCACGUCGAUCCCGUGGUCGUCAAGUGCCUUGAAGAGGAGAUCUCCAGCAGGCAGAACGCACGUGAGUGAUGGGAGCGCCUUCGCGGACGCGUGAGGGUCCACAGAGGAGCUGCUGGUGUUCGUGAGAUGGGGCGGACCCGGAGCCUUUGGUUAGACAGGAAGGCGGGAAUCAUGUGCUACGUCGGUAGGGCUGGCGUGUCCACGGCAACCUGGCCCGUGCCAAACCGAUUCUACAGACUUCUAGACUCACCCUCGGCUCUCAGUCUCAUACCAAGCUGUAUGCUCAGAGCAAGGCUGACCCCAGAGCCGGUCAGGGUCAACCUAGGAGCAAGAGGCACGUGCUGUGACAUCACUCGAUCGGAUUAACUUUCGUCGGCCACGUGCGCAUUAAAAUUGUGCAGUGGAAAAUCACAAGACAAAUAGAUUUCAGCGUAAAAUAGCCUCCCCGAACCACAGUUUAAUAUAUAUUUUUUAUCGAAGAAAAGUAUGGGUAUUGUUUUAGAUUGCUUCCUCCCCCGCCCACCCACCCAGCUCCCGGACGCAGAUGAUGGAGGAAGGGAAUGGGCACUGAGGGGACAUAACAAAUGUGACGAGUAGAGCCCACAGAGUCCAACUGCAUGUGGGGCAUAGGGACGGAGGCUCAGGCCUGAUGCUGCUUCUGCGUCACGUCUGGGUAAUUCCUGGGCCAAAUUGUGGAGUCAUUUCUGGGACAGGGAGCGCCGUUCUCAGUGUUCGUGGAAGUUAAAAUGCGCACAGCGCCUCGGAUUAACGCGGCCGGCUACGUACAUUGCGGAACAAGUUCCACAUACAUGCAUGGGACAAAGAUAGCAGGCCUCCUGCCAACAAAGUCCCUGGGACAUGCGAUAAGUGUCUAUAAUGCGGCCGACGGCUGUACUCUGCUGAGUCUGGAAAUAGCCGAGUUGUUUCCGGAAGAUUUUGCCUGGGUUGGAAGUGCAGCUCAGGUCAACACAGUGAGAGCCUUGUUCGGUUAAAGAUUAUUUGAAAGUAACAUAUUAUCCAUGUUUUACAAAAUACACGACUGCACAGGGAGUGUUUGUGCCCUCUGCAGGGUUUUCAAAUUGUCUAAUGUAAGUAGCGUAUAUAUUUUUGUAUUGGCACAUGAAGUGAUGUGAGCACUGUUGACUAAGUACGGUGCAAAAGAAGUUCUACAUACGCGCAGAGGGGUUAUGUGUUGCUGUGUGUAUGUGUGUGUUUCAAACUGUUUAAACAUGGUCUUUUUAUGCAUCUUGCAACUUCAAAUAGAAUAUGUUUGGAAAAGUGAGCCGGAAGCGCCCUUUAUAUGCCUGGGGUAGGGUUAAUUUAUUUCGUUAUUGGUUUACCCGCCAGAAUUCAGUAGUUUCUACAAUCACAGAGCUGGGUCCAUUGGUAAGGUGCAGAUGAGCACAAUUGUUUUUUUUUAUGCUUUCCGACCAAGGUUGAAAGCACGAAUGCAUUCGCUAUGCUUAACACAAAGUAGGCUUUCGAGACCAUUGUUACCCAUAAGAGGUUUUUGGGUUAUAUUGCGUAAAUGUGUCGUUAAACCCGCCACCACCCUACACAGCCAAUUACUAAGGUGUGUCACGUCAACAAACAAAAAAAAUCCAACUCGUUACUCGUGCAGCACACCGGCUAUGUGGUGGAGAGUAAACCCACGGCAUUUACAAUUUGAGCACCGUGAAGCUGGUUGUUGGAAUUAGCGCCGAAACGUCGUACGACUCAAAUUGUAAAUGUUGUGGGUUUACCCUCCAACACACCGGUGUGCUGAACAGUAACGAAUUGGCACGUUUUGUUCACGUGACGAACCUUACCAACUGGCUCUGUCGGGUGGUGGCGGGUUUAACGACACAUUUAAAUUCACGCGAUAUUACCCAAAGACAUCUAUUACGCAUGAGCUCCGUCCGUCUGUUCCUACGUCACGUGAAGCUGAUCCGAUCCAAGCCACAUUGAUUCUGUGAGUCUAAAGUCUACUUGGGACUUAUAGUGUUAAACACAAACAUAUAAAGUGGCCAAAUGGAUUGAAGGCCCUUGCGCAUAACAAAAACUGAGUGAUACAAAUGAAGCAGCCUUCUUUUGGCCAAGGCGAUGACGUUCCAAGCCACGCGCACGCUCGCUCUACCGCGCCUUUGUGUGUGUCCGUGCGAAUUCGGAAGGAACGCGACGCCAGAAGUCAGAACGCGCGACGUGACCGUUCCAAACACCCCGCUCUCAGAGAGCAAACGAGCGGUAUGGAAUCCACUGCGCACGAUUGGGAUAUUUCUACACGGAUUGUAGAUCGCGUCCAAAGUUGAGUCCAAAGUUGAAUGCCAGGUGUCAUUCAAAUCAUGAACUGUAUAUAUAUAAAAAAAAUCAGAAGCGCGGUUAAAAAAUAAAAAAUUAAAACUCUUUUUACUUUGAGCUUCGUCGCCAAAGUCGACGAAUCAGCGGCGUUGCGUGGUGCAGGGCAAUGGAUGAAUGAUUGAUGGGUGCCGCUGUCAUUGUGUGGCUUAUAAUGGCCAGCCAGAAGCCAGGGGGUAACCUUACCUGGCCGCUCUGACCGCCGGUUUCCAUAUUGUCCUACAAAUUUCCAUUUGGCUCGCCGGUGUCAAGCCCGUACGGUACUCGACGCAAGUCUGCAUUUGCCUUACGGUACGGUGUCGCGUAUCCGACUCGCUGGGGAGGCUGCGGCGUAGGCAGAUUCGUGACAAGGCCGGAUAUGAGAUCAUCUACAGAAAACGACGGUUGAGUUCAUCGCGACUGAGAUGGAACAGCUUUGAAUGGUGGGGAAAUGCUUCUUCUUCGCCGUGCUUGAGAAGGAAGCGGACGCACACGAGGUUAAGAGACUGCGUGCGCAAAGGUUUUCGGAACAUCUGGUAGAAAAUCACAGAUGACACGCGGCGCACAAAUCCUGCUACUUCGGUGUGGCCGGUUAGUUGGUCAGGGUGAAUGUGAUGGUCACAUGAGUGAGGUGGUGCCGUACUGUCUUUGCUUAUGGUCGGUUUGAACGCAUUGCAGAUGGAAGUGUGGAAAAAGUAGGUGUAAUGAUGUACAGUAUUUAAAAGGCCUGCGGUGGACCUUGGGUUUCAAUGAAAAGUGCAUCCGUCAGUCUGCUUUGUGUGUGGAUGGCUGUUAAAGCCUGGGUUAUUGAACCACUUUUCAUGGACCAUGUAUGUUGAUUUACCAGGGAUGUUAUGAUGCACCACCAAGCCCUUCUUGUAAUUCAGGGUCCCGUUUCGAUCUCAGAAUGGUUUCACCCAAACACUGCGGCUGCAAGGCGAUUUCGCGUCCAUCACAAGCGGCGCACACAGUCACGUGGAAUUUCUCAUACCGGCCAAUUUGACGCGUGUUCUGUGCGAGCUUUAUCGAUCGACGUCGAUUCGAUCGGUUCGGUGGUGCAUCGUUCCAACCCCCGUGGUGGUCAGCAGAACUUCUGCACAGGCCACCCGGAGAGGCAGGGGGGUGGGGGGGGGGAGCAGUGGUGCAGUGGUGCCCGGACCGGACAGCGGCUCUGUGGUUCGUGACUCUCUGUUCGUCCGUGCCCUGGUGCCAGCCGUGGCAUACACACGCGCGCUCACGAUCAAUCCUGAAUAAAGUAGGGCACAUUUCACACAAGCACAGUACCUACAUUUCAGAAAUAGAUGUUUUUCUGAAAGUGGUGUUUUUUUGUUUGUUUGUUCAUGAAGUGUUGAUGUUAUACUUAUUAAAGAUUUAUUUUCAAAU